UUUCACGAGAGUUUGUCUUGUGUCAGCCAUACUUGCGGUUCGUUGCAGAAGGGCACGAAGAGGCCGAACAAGGGUUCCAGGUGUACCAAGGACUUGGCUCUUCAUCCUUGAAACAUGCUCUCCAGGCUCGUUUUAGUUUCAGCUAGUGCCCUAAAAAGCAGUGGCCCCCUUGGAGCUGGGCUUGUCCAGGCUUCCCGCUCCCUGCAAACAUCAUCCCAGAGUCUGGCCCCACUGCCUCCUCUGCCUGAGAAGGGAGGAAAGGUUCGCCAUGGCAUCUUUCCAGAGGAGCUCUUCCAGCUCCUGUACCCUAAAACUGGAGUUACAGGACCCUACAUGUUGGGCACUGGCCUUAUCGUCUACAUGCUCUCUAAGGAAAUCUAUGUCAUCAAUCAUGAGACCUUCGCUGCUGCCUCAAUACUUGCUGUCAUGGUCUAUGGGGUCAAGAAAUUUGGUCCAAAGGUUGCAGCUUUUGCUGACAAAAUUAAUGAGGACAAAGAGGCCAAGGCUCAGGAAGUGAAGGAUGCCGCUAUUGAAAGCCUGACUCAAGCUAUUGAGGAUGAGAAGAAAGAACAGUGGAGAGCAGAGGGGAGAUAUAUGCUGUUUGAUGCCAAGAGGAACAAUGUUGCCAUGCAGUUGGAGAUCAACUACAGGGAGAGGCUACACAUGGUCACCCAUGAGGUGAAGAGGCGCUUGGACUACCAGAUAGCUCUGCAGAACCUUCAGCGCCGGUUGGAGCAGGAGCACAUGGUUAACUGGGUGGAGAAGAGUGUUAUCAGCAGCAUCACUCCUCAGCAGGAGAAAGAGAGCAUCGCUAAGUGCAUCACAGAUCUGAAGGCUCUGGCUAAAGUCACUCAAGCAAAAGCUGCACUCUAAUCCCCAACUCGCUGUCCCAAGAUGAGGCGCUCACUUGACUUCAGAGUAUAAACAAUUCUAAAGAUGGUCUCUGUCAAUAUAAAGGGUUUGUACAGUAUUUACACGUCAGCUGAUGGUAAAAUAAAUGGUUCUCUUACUCAA